UUAGCAUCUGGGAGGCAGCAUUUAAUAUUCAAAAGCGGCAAGUGACGGUCGUACGUGUGGCCGUAUAACCAAAAAGUCGCGACCGGGCUUGUAACACAAGCUAUUUUUAAAAACAGAAAAAAGAUAAUAUUAAACUUUAAAGGCGCGAUUUAAAAUUUUUUUCUUUACGUUGAAGAAAAAAAUUCCGAAAAAACAACAACAACAACAUCAUAUGCAAUAAAACGGAUUGAAAACUAAAUGUUUAUAUUUUGUGCAAGCAAACAAACAAACAACGAACGACUAAAGGAAUAAAUACUUAGUAUAUCCGCUUCCGUUUGUGUUUGUAAUAUAUCGGUAUAUAUUUUUUUCAAAACUAAACCGGAAGUUCUGUACAUUGCCCAGAGAAAAGAAUCGUCAAAACGAAAAAACAGAGAGGAAGAAAAACGUCAACAUCAGCAACAUCCUUGUCGCCGACAACAUUCUAUCCGAACCGACGAAGCUUAAAGGAUUAACAGUGUUUUUUGUGUGGAAUUAUAUUUGGUGAUUCUCUUCGGUCUUCCAUUUUUUUUUCGUCGUAAAUGAUGACGUACCAUUUGGCUCUGCUAACCCUGCUGUUAGCAUACUCAGCCCAGGGCAUACAAAAUCAACCGGGACCUAAUUAUGGACCACCUCAACGUUUUCCCCAUCGUGAAUAUGGCGUGCCUCAAAAAAUGCCCUUCCGUGAAUAUGGCCCACCAGCCCUGAAAUAUGGUCCUCCCAAAUUGAAUUUCAUUGGUGGCGGCAGUGGCAGCUCUUCAUCUUCCUCCUCAUCACUGCACGAACAAAUUAAAACACAUUUCGGUGUACCCAAGCCAUUCUAUGGCCCACCCCAUAAACCGGCCCAACAAUAUGGUCCACCACCCAAGCAGCAGUAUGGCCCACCACCUCCACCAAAACCCCAAUAUGGUCCACCCAAACCACAAUAUGGCCCACCACCACCACAGAAAAUCCAACAUAUCCCAGCCUCGGCAUAUGGUCCACCUAAACCCCAAUAUGGUCCACCCCCACCACAAGCUUUGCCAUUGUUGCAGCCAGGACCUUUGUUCAAACCUCAGCAGCACCAACCAGCCACUUCGUAUGGACCACCACCAUCGGGACCCCUAAAUCAGCCACCCAAGCAAUCUUAUGGCCCACCUCCCGGUAACUAUGGACCACCACCAUUGCCCAAUUUCCAAAAGAUCCAGGAGACCACCAUUAUUUUGGGUAACAAUCACAAUGGUCACGGUCAUUCUCACCAUGGUCAAGCCGGCGGCGCCCAACAACAGGUACAAAUCCAAAUUGAUGCCUCUGGGCAUACCCACUCCGUUGCCGGUUCCCAAGCUCCCUUCCAUACGGCCUGUGAUGGUUGGAAACCCAUACCUGCUCCAGCCGGCGCUUACGUGGAAAAUAAUCACAUUGAUACUCAAUCAGGUUACAGUCAAGUUUCUCAAGGUUUUGGCGGUGGAGCUUCCUCUCAAGGUUUUGGCCAUAGUGGCGGCGGAGCUUCCUCCUUCUCUUCGACUCAGUACAGCUCAAAUGCAGGUGCUGUAGCAAGUGCCCAUGCUGCUGCUGCCGCCGGUGUAGGUGCAAGUGCAGCGGGAGAUUCUGCAUCGACUUUGACUUUGGGUAUCUCUGGAUCUGGAGGCGUUGAUGAUUUGACCGAUGAACAAUUGGUUGCAGUGGCCCUACAAUCGAGUAGCUUCGACAAUGACAAUAACAUUCACCAGGAGAUUCUUCCUCAGGCCUUACCGUCCACCGGUCCAGCUGGAGAUUUCAAUAAACAUGGUAUCACCCAACUUGAAGCUCAAGCAUUAGAGCUCUCUCUCGGUACCGAAGAUGAUUCCUAUAGCAAACCUCCUGCUGACUCCUAUGCUCCUGGUUCCAUACAUGCUGCCAAAUUCUCCAGCUCCAGUUCAUCCAGCUCAUCGGCACACAGUUUUGGAAUUUCCGGACCAGGUGGCAACUAUGGACCUCCACCACUACCACCCAGGGGCAACUAUGGACCACCACCACCAAAGGGUAACUAUGGACCUCCACCACCACCACCAAAUGGCAACUAUGGACCUCCACCACCACCACCAAGUGGCAACUAUGGACCUCCACCACCACCACCAAGUGGCAACUAUGGACCUCCACCACCACCCUCCGGCCCUGGCGGCAAUUAUGGCCCUCCCCUACCACCACCAUCUGGUCCUGGCGGCAAUUAUGGUCCUCCACCACCACCUCCCCAAGGCGAAUUCGGCUCCUCCGCUGCUUUUGUGCAUCAUCAUGCUGAGGCUGGUCUAGGUAUACAAUAUGGCAAACAAUCUGGCAAUGUUGGCAAUUUCCCACCACCACAUGGUGCUCCACCAAGUAAACCAGUUGCAUUCCGUCCACCUGUGCCACAAGGCCUAAUCGAAACAAUUGGCAACACGGUACAGCAUUUGGAUCAAUUCGGGGUAAAACCAAAUAUCCAGGUACCCACCUAUAUACCACCAGCAGCCAAUGAAAUUCCCCAAACUGGACCCGGUAAUUUGAACAUUGAAUAUGGAGCACCGCAACAACAACAGCAAUUGCCUUUGGCCAUAAUUGAACAACAAUUGCCGGCACAACAGCCAGCUCAAGUAUUUGUGCAACAAGGUCAACAUCAACAACACCAACACCACCAACAUCAUCAUCAUCAGCACCAUCAUCAUGAACAGCAGCAACAACAAUUCCAACAACAAAAUGUCCACAUUGAAUACGGUGUACCACCUCCACCCCAACCACAAGGCAUUCCCCCACCACCACAAUAUUUGCCACCUGGACCACCAUCAGCCCAAGUCCAACAACAAUUUUUGCCACCAUUGCCCUCGGGACCUCAACAACAAUUUGCCAGUGGAUCCGGUGCCGGUGUUUCCUACACAUCUAGUGCCCAGGCUGCCUAUGAAAAUGCUUUCAGUGCCACACAAUAUAAUCAUCAAAUAGUCCAUAGCCAGGCUUUGCCGUCGCAACAAGAACAGCCACGUUUCCACGAUUGCGGUCAUGGCCCAAAUUUGGUGGGCGGUGGAGUUUUCAAUUACCAACAACAGCAACAACAACAAGGAGCCUCCACUUCCAUAUCCCAGAGUAUACCCGUUGCCGAACAACACUCACAAAUUUUGUCGGGUCCAGCCACCAGCUAUGGUCCACCACCCUCGGGCAAUAAUGAACUCGACCACAUUGGUUAUGCUUCGCAAAAAUCCCAAGUUACAGCCUUGCCAGAUGGCACCAAUACAAAUGGUCUACCUGGUUUGGAGAGCUUAAAUGUGCUAUCUGCCCAAAAAUCCCAAUCCAUUCACUUCAGCAGCUCCCAAAGCGGAACCACCGGAAGUAAUGGCCAAAGUCAAACAUAUCAAGUACAAUUUGGUUCGAAUUCCGGUUCAGGAUCACAGCACGAUGGCAUUCUCUCAGCUGACCUCUUACAGACCGUACUCAAUGCUGUCGAACAGCCACAGCAACAACAUCAACCUUUGCCACCAAAUCACAAGGCUGAGGCACGCUCCGACAUUGAUAUUCGUGAAGAAUCGGCCGGCAUCGAAGAAGACGAACAUGAGCCAGAUGUGGCCAAGCAGGAAUCACAAAAAGUGGAAGUCAAAGUGAAACCGGACGAAAAUGAAGAAACCCCAGCUGAUGUCACGGAAUUGAAACCGAUUGUGGUCAAAGAAGAAAAUGAAGCUAAGCAUUAAUGGUGGGUGGGAUGUACGCAACCUCCUCAUCGAGGAGAAAAGAGUGUCACAAUUCUCUUUGGUUUUAGUCACUUAAAGCUUAAGCUCCUCCCCCAGCCCCCCAUUUUUACGUUACGCAAAACAAAAGUCUAGUUAUGUCGUUGUAGUUAAGUUGUAAUUUCUAUUUAUUGUCAUAUAAUUAAGAAAUAAGUUCAUAAUGUAAUGUCUAAUUGUUGUAUUGCCGUCAUCGAACAAAACAAGAACAACAAGAACAUUUAUAUUUAUUUCGUAUAAACACACACACACACUCAUGCAUGCUCAUAUACUGCCACUUAAUUAAUUUGUUUCAAAAAGAGAAAUGGAAAGUUGCAGCUCUUUUUGAUGAUGCCAUAAAUUUUUAAUUUUUUUUAACAAAUAAAUAAAUUAUAAUAAUCCAUCAUUCCUUCGCGCCCCUCUUUAUAGUCGCUGCAUUACACGAGAAACCUCAAUAAAUUACAUAAUAAAUUGUAUGUUAUAUAACUUUUGUUGUUGUUGUUGUAUAUUUAGUUGUGUAAAUCCUUUGAGUUUACAUAUCGCAAUAUACGCUAUAUUUAAUAAAAAUUACAAACAUUAAAAAUAGUGACAACAACAAAACAAAUAAUAAAUUAAAUAAUGCCAUCUAUCCCAUUGGGGAUGGAAUUACACGCACAAAUACAGAAGCAUACACACACACUCUCAAAUAGAGAAAUAAAUUAAAGUCCAUAAAGUGUAAAAUCAACAAAAAUUUAUUUUUAAUCACGCCCAUUUGUAUUAUAUAUAAAAUAUUUAUGUAUAAAAUUAAUAAUUUAUUAUAAAUAAAAUAAAAAA